AUGGAGGGAGGGCCAAAUAUUCAAGAAACUGAAACUUCGACGACAGAUGAAUCGCCCCCAAAGGGGUGUUUGAAUUUUUUUAGUCACCCUAAGGGCAAUGGCCAUAGAUUUGUAGCUUUAAUUUUCAUGUGUUUCCUUAGCUUUGGUUCUUAUUUUUGUUAUGACAAUCCUGCUUCCUUGCAAGAUCACAUUAAGAGCGACUUGAAUCUCACAGAGACUCAGUAUACUCUUCUGUAUUCUUUAUAUUCCUGGCCAAAUGUGGUACUCAACUUCGUAGGUGGAUUUUUGAUUGACAGAGUAUUUGGCAUAAGACUGGGUUCCAACAUUUAUGUGGGGCUGACUCUGAUUGGACAGAUAGCUUUUGCUUCAGGGGCCCUCUUCAAUCAAUACUGGUUGAUGCUUGUAGGUCGAUUCAUAUUUGGAAUUGGUGGAGAAUCUUUGACAGUAGCUCAAAACAAUUAUGCGGUACUCUGGUUCAAAGGCAAAGAGCUCAACAUGGUUUUUGGACUUCAACUCAGCUUCGCAAGGGUUGGUAGCACUGUCAAUUUUUUGGUCAUGGAACAACUAUAUAACUAUGUCAAUGACCAAAAUUCCAAUGUGAAACAAGUUCUCGGAAUCGUUCUAUUCUUAGCUGGUACCACUUGUUUAUUCUCCUUGAUUUGUUCCCUGGUGAUGGGUGGAUUGGACAAAAGAGCCGAAAGAAUACUCAGGAGGAAUGAGAACGCCACUGGCGAAGUAGUCAAACUGACAGAUGUGAAGGAUUUCAAACCGACAUUUUGGUUAGUCUGUGUCAUUUGCGUCCUAUACUACUGUGCAAUAUUUCCUUUCAUAACGAUAGCCAAAGGUUUCUUCCAUGAAAGAUUCCAUAAAUCCAACGAGGACGCAAACACUAUCAGUAGCAUCGUCUAUAUAAUUUCUGGCGUAUCGUCGCCUAUACUGGGUUUGAUAAUAGACAAAACCGGAAUGAAUAUAUUUUGGAUAUGUUUCGGAGUGUGUGCCACUAUUGGAUCGCAUAUUCUGCUUGGGUUCACAAUGCUCAACCCGUACGUCGGAAUUGUGUUGAUGGGAAUUUCAUAUUCGUGCCUAGCUAGUAGCCUAUGGCCGUUGGUCUCGCUCAUUAUUCCAGACUAUCAAUUGGGUACUGCUUAUGGAUUCGCUGGUGCCAUUCAAAAUUUGGGACUAGCCAUUAUUUCCAUAAUAACUGGGGUUAUUGUUGAUAACUAUGGUUAUCAAGCUAUUGAAUUGUUUUUCAUCGGCAGUUUGGCAUGUGCUUUGGCAGCAACGAUAGUUUUGUUCGUUAUCGACAAAUCGCGAAAUGGAACAUUGAAUAUGACGCCAGGGAAUCGAUUACAGCACGAACAGAGCACCCUUGCUGCAGCAGUACUGGAAAGAGAAAGGUUACUAGCGUCGGAGUCUUCAAAUAACAUUGCUGGUUCAAAUUCAGACUGGCAUAUACGAAAUAGG